AUGGCUUCCCUGGCAUCAGCUGCUCGUGAUAUUCCCCAGCCCUCCGUCAACCGAGACAACUUAACUGUUGUAGCGGCGCGGAGUGACUCGGCGACUGUGGCACGAUCUCAUACCCUCCCUACUCCCCCCAACUCUAUAUCUCCGGCUUUGCCAGCUCAUGGCUUGAAGGCGCAACUCCAAAAGGCCAAGCUCGAGCCCAUCGACUCGGACUUGGACUUACAUGACAACGCCAGUAGUCAUGGGCGGUCACUAUCUCCAGCUGCCCUGGAAUCAGCAGGCGCCAUCACUGCGCCCAUGUUAGCAAAAUAUCAUUUACCAGAGAUCCUGCUCAACCACGGGCCUCUGGCUAUACGGCAUAUCAUGGGCUAUCUGACGACAUCGGUACCAGGUUUCUCGGGUAUACCCCCAACAAAGGCAAGGAGAUUAGUGGUUGGUGCUUUGGAGGGACGGGGAGGAGAAGGAGGAGGCGUGGAAGGUGACGUGGAGUAUGAGAAGGUGGGCUGGGGAAGAUGGGACGCGAAACGACGAGGUAUGGCAAGUCGUGAACGUCAAGGCACGCCUCCAUCUUCGUACGGCUCAGCUAUCCCCAUCUCCAAGGCAGGUGGAAGAGGAGCUAGAGGUUCGAUGGCCGAUGAAGCCUUCCACUUCUCCCACGACGACAACGACAUGCAUAUCAUGAUGGAGACCGAGGCGGACAAGAUGUCCAUGGACGGUUCGGCCUCGGCGUCCUGCUCCGAAGCUCCAGAUGACGAUGUUGUCAUGAACGAUGAUCCGGAAGAUGUAACGGAUGACGAGGACUGGGCCGCGAUGGGUGCCGCCGCACUCAGGGCUGAAUCCUACCCCAACAUGGCCGCUGCUCAGUCAAAUGGUAGCAUGCGAUCUCCAAAUUUCCCCCCGAUCGGCGGGUUACGAACUUUCUCGAGCAGCUCGGGAAUGGCGCGACCGCCUCAACCAACGCACCUCGAUCUUUCCGCGUUGGCUUGCGCAUCGGAUGCGCAGGAACGUGAGGCCGUCGAGGCUCUUUUACGACUUGGUUCUGUAUAA